GACUUGCUCAUGCUCAAGAGCUUGAGAGGAGCCGAUGAAAACAGAUAAGUAAAAGCUCAACUCCUGAAUGAAGUACAAGAGGACAGGAUCUGAAGCCGAAAGAAUCUUCUUUUCGAUGCAGUAUUCAGUUUUAUGGUGCGUAGUACUAUCACAGGGGGAGCGCGCAAUUACGCAUAACCAGAGAGAAAGAUAGGUCAUUCCAGCAUUACAACUGGUUAUUAAUAUAAGCGUCGUAAUAUCGCAGUAUUUUUGACCGUUGAUUUUUACUCGUGUGCGUGAAUAAUGACAGCUGAAGUCCAGCGGCCCUCCGUGCAGACCCCUCCUCACAGUAGCCCAAUGUCGGAGAAACCACACGGACAGACGGCUGUGAUGGAGACCUCCUCUUCCUCCUCCAGCACCAAAACAAAAAAGACGAACGCUGGAAUCCGUCGUCCUGAAAAGCCCCCUUACUCUUACAUCGCUCUCAUUGUCAUGGCCAUCCAGAGCUCUCCAACCAAACGACUGACUCUGAGCGAAAUUUACCAGUUCCUUCAGAGCCGCUUCCCGUUUUUCAGAGGCUCGUAUCAAGGCUGGAAAAACUCGGUGCGUCACAAUCUGUCUCUGAACGAGUGCUUUAUCAAGCUGCCCAAGGGUCUGGGCAGACCCGGGAAGGGUCACUACUGGACCAUCGACCCGGCCAGUGAGUUCAUGUUCGAGGAGGGCUCUUUCCGCAGGAGACCGCGUGGAUUCAGGCGUAAAUGUCAGGCGCUCAAACCUUCCAUGUACAGCAUGAUGAACGGGCUGGGAUUCAAUCACAUUCCCGAGUCCUAUAACUUUCAGGCGGGCGGCGGGGGCCUGUCUUGUCCUCCAAACAGUUUACCUUUGGAGAGUGGGAUUGGGAUGAUGAAUGGACAUUUGGCCAGCAAUAUGGAAGGAAUGGGCUUGGCAGGACACUCCAUGUCCCAUCUAUCAACGAAUAGUGGACAUUCCUACAUGGGCAAUUGCACGGGAUCCUCGGGGAGUGAAUACCCCCACCACGACAACUCUGCAUCGCCGCUUCUAGCCAGCGGGGGAGUGAUGGAGCCGCAUGCCGUGUAUUCUAGCACAGCUUCGGCCUGGCCUCCAGCGCCCCCGGCCUCUCUAAACAAUGGGGCGUCUUACAUCAAACAGCAGCCGCUUUCUCCGUGCAACCCUGGAACAAAUCCGCUGCAGCCCAGUUUACCCACACACUCACUGGAACAGGCCUACCUGCACCAGAAUGGCCACGGAAACACCGACCUUCAAGGUAUACCGCGCUAUCAUUCCCAAUCUCCCAGCAUGUGUGACAGGAAAGAGUUUGUCUUCUCUUUUAACGCCAUGACCUCUUCAUCGAUGCAUUCACCAGGGAGUAGCUCGUACUACCACCAUCAGCAGGUCUCCUAUCAGGACAUCAAACCCUGUGUGAUGUGACAACAUUGUCAACUACUGCAACGACGAGCAACAGCGUAAAUAGAUCUAAAUGAGACAUGGAGUGGUCUGUGGCUCUUUUGGAAAGGGACAUGGAACACGGAAUUAAGAAUUAGCGUUUAUUACUAAUCAGAACUUGGCAAUGGAAAGGAAUUGUUAGUAAACUACUAACUCAAUAGAGGAGCACGUCAGAAAGGCCGAUUCGCUACUUCUAGAGGUUACAAAAUGAAAAAAGAAAACACACACACACACACACACACACACACACACACACACAGCUUCAGAUCUCUGCGAAUAAGGCCGAGGACAUGAUAAUAGCAAGAACAUUUCGUUUCCAACAGCUCGGUACUAACUCUGCUGGCGGAUGACGCUCCGAUGUUGAUAUAUUGCUCUAAAAGUAGAGUUUGUAUCGUUUGUAUGAACGUUUUUCCACAAUAAUUUUCAUUUCGCUUUAAAUGGUGAAAACAGCAAGAACGCGAAAUGAAGGCACUUUUAAACUUAUUUAUUCUUUUCAAAUGUUUAAUGUUAGGCUACAGCUAUAGCCACAUAUUGCUUUACUGGCAAUAUUUGCCCAAUGUAACAUGAAGGUUAAAUAUAAGCACUGUUAGUUAUUUCGAGUUUUUUUAUUUAGUUGUACAUAUCUAUAUUGACACGUCUUAUUCCUCAAGCACUGUAUAAACUGUACAUGGUGUAGGAAAUAUCUUUUAGUAUUCUUUUCCCGUUUCAGUUUCUUUAAAUAUUAGUUGAUGUAAUACUUCAGUGUUAUUGAAAAUAAAAUAAUAUUAAUAAUAA